CCCUCCGUUCGUUAAAACCCCCUCUCCUUCUUCUUCCUCCCACUUCUGCAACUGCGGCAUAAUCCUUCGUUUGUUCAUCCAUGGCGGUUCUUCAAAUCCCCAGCCCGAUCUCCCUAUCUAUUAUGAUUCUGCUUCUACUUCCUCUCGGCAUCGCCUCUUCCGUCCACGAUCUCCUCCGGAGCAGAGGCCUCCCGGCGGGGCUCUUCCCGGACACAGUGAGAUCGUACGAUCUGGACGGAACGGGACUUCUCAGAGUGUACCUGGACCAACCGUGCAUGGCUAAGUUUGAGAACCGAGUGAAAUUCGAGAGCGUGGUGACGGCGAACCUCAGCUACGGAGGGCUCAUCGGAGUGGAGGGCCUUUCUCAGGAAGAGCUGUUUCUAUGGCUGCCGGUGAAGGACAUUAUAGUCGACGAUCCGUUAUCAGGUCUCAUUCUGUUCGACAUUGGCGUUGCUCACAAGCAGCUUUCUCUUUCUCUCUUUGAAGAUCCCCCUGUUUGUAAUCCUCAAGGUGUUUUCUUAGACGAAAUUGGGAGGAAGAAGCUGGGAUUUGAAGCUCAGAGAUGAUCGAAGGAUUACAGUCCUCUUUCCGAGAUAAUUUUGUAUUUUUCUUUUAAUUUCUUUCGGUUUCUUCUUCUUCUCAAAAAAAAAAUGGAGUGAAUUUUUAGAUGCGAUUAGGCCUGUACAAAUUGGAUAACAUCUGAGAUUUCAGAAUCAAUUGAAAAUAUUUUCCCUUCUUGUGAAA